AUGGAAAUAAAAGAUAAAACUUUCUCUUCCUGUGCACAGAUUAUGAUCCUGGCACUUCUAGCAUGCAGGUGUUCAGCAGUUAAAUCUCGUCCCCUGUAUUGUGCUGCUUCAUCUCCUUCACACAGCACUCCAGUUUCUGUCCAUUCUCUGAGGCCAGCUGAUGUGUCUGUGGUAUCUGCACUGGUUUUGUCUGAUGUGGAGAGAUCUGAUGAAAUUAGAGCCCUCAACAUGCUAUCUGUUAAGGAAUCUAUCAGUGCUCUUCUAGAGAGAAGAGGCUGGUUCAGUGACCGAGAAGAUUUCAGCGUAAUGCUUCAGUCCAGUCCAGUACACACCGAUCUGUCAAACCCAAUGAAAGCCUCAAUGUCUGACUCCUCACGUGACAUAAGCAUGUUGACUUUACAACUCUGGAAUAAUUUGCUGCAGCCAAUGACAGACAAGACUGAGAUAGAUGGGCGGGGUAUAUUCACCAUUCCAUGCCCCACUGAGGAAAAGCAGUUUUUGCGAACGCAGAAAAACUCAUACUCACCUGAGCUCGGUAUCUCUCAAACAGAGGAUCCCUCUCCACUUCUCAACACAGUGACGGGGAGUGAGCUCACCUGUGAGGACCGGUCUCCAUCUCCCAGCAUACCUGCCUCAGUCCAUGCCUUACGGCCAGCAGACAUCAAAGUGGUAGCAGCGAUGGGUGAUUCUUUGACGGCAUCCAAUGGGGUUGGUGCUGCACAAAACAAUCUCCUGGGAGUGCUCACAGAGUAUCGCGGCCUGUCGUGGAGCAUCGGUGGAGAUGAGAACAUAACAACUAUAACCACUUUACCAAAUAUAUUGAGAGCGUUUAACCCUUCACUCACUGGCUAUUCAUUGGGAAAAGGAAGUGCGAAUUCUGUACGCAGUUUUCUGAACCAAGCAGUACCAGGAGCCAAAUCUGAUGAUAUGGUCACACAAGCUCAUGCUGUCAUUAAAAGAAUGAAAGAAGACUCGCGAAUUGAUUUCCAGAAUGACUGGAAGAUUAUCACAGUCUUCAUUGGAGGAAAUGACAUAUGUGCCCACUGCUCUGAUACUCGGUACUAUUCUCCUGAUAACAUUGUGAAGUAUAUUCGUGAGGGUCUGGACAUAUUGCAUAAUGAGGUCCCUCGUGCCCUGGUGAACCUAGUGGAGCUCCUGGAUAUAAUUCCACUGCGCCGUCUCCAUCAGGACCCCACUCUUGGAUGCCCUACCUGGCUGAUCAACAUGUUGUGUCGCUGUGUUCUGAAACCUAAAGAUGGAUCUCAUGAAUUCCAGAAGUUGCAGGAGUUUAACCAAGCCUAUCAGCGUGGUAUGAGCGAGCUGGUGGAGUCUGGGCGAUAUGACACACAUGAUAACUUCACCGUGGUCCUACAGCCAUUCUUCAGAAAUGUGUUUCUCCCUGUGUUGGAGGAUGGGAGGCUUGACCGUUCCUAUUUCUCUCCAGACUGUUUUCAUCUCAGUCAGAAAGCUCACACGCUCAUGGCUCGGGCUCUCUGGAAUAACUUGAUGGAGCCUUUAGGUAAUAAGACAGACAGUGAGGAUUUUACUGCAGGUGUCCCUCUUAAAUGCCCAGAAAAGUUGUCACCCUAUUUGAGGACCUAUCACAACAGCAAUUACACAUACAACACCCCUCCUCCUACUCCUCCACCCACAACUAAUUGGGGAAGUGAUUUCACAUGUGUGGACACAGCAUCCUCUGACACUGUGCCAACAUCUGUUCACAGGCUGCGUCCAGGUGACAUUAAAGUGGUAGCAUCUCUGGGAGAUUCACUUACUGCCGGCUUUGGUGCAAAAGCUGAAAACCUUCUGCAGUUGGUGGAUGAGGAGCGAGGGGUUGCAUGGAGCAUUGGUGGGGAUGAUACUUUGGAGACUGUCACCACAUUGCCAAACAUUCUUAAGAAGUUCAAUCCAAAUGUUUUCGGCUUCUCAAAGGGGAAAAGUAAACGGCCAAAUGGCCUCAAUAUGGCAGUGAGCGGUGCCAAAGCAAGUAAUAUACCAGCACAAGUGAGGGAUCUUAUCACAGCUUUAAAGAAUAGCACGGAAGUGGACUUUGAGAAGGAUUGGAAACUGGUGACACUAUUCAUUGGGGGAAAUGACCUUUGCCAGUACUGUCACGACCGGGCUUCUCUGUCUCCUUCUAAGUACAUCAGUCACAUCAGAGACAGUCUGGACAUGCUGUACAAUGAGGUUCCCAGAGUGCUGGUAAAUUUUGUGGGAAUCUUAGAGAUCGAGGAUCUGCGAAUGAUAAAGAGGGACACAUUGGGCUGCAGCCUCCUGCAAGAGAACAUUUGUCCAUGUUUUCUGGAACCUCGUGAGAACUCUCCAGAAAUAAAUGAAAUGAAGAAGGUCAACAGAGAUCUGCAGAUGGAGACUGAAAGGCUGGUGUAUGGGGGACGGUAUGACGGAAGACAGGACUUUGCAGUGGUGCUACAGCCUUUCUUCGAGAACUCUGUUAUUCUAAUGGUCGAAGAUGGCACACCAGACCUGACUAUCUUCUCUGUGGAUUGUUUUCAUUUCGCUGAGCGUGGACAUGCAGAGAUGGCAAUUGCGCUCUGGAACAACAUGCUGGAGCCUGUGGGCAGUAAACAAAACUACAAUAAUUUCACAUAUGACCGCAGUAAGAUCCAGUGUCCCACAAAGGAGCAUCCCUUCAUCUUUACACGAAUAAACAGUGUCUCUGACGUCCUUACAACUGCCGUACCCACCACAGUUGCACCAGGCACCCCUCUCCCCGCAGAUUGCCCCAGUGAUUCUGUACCGGCCUGGGCAGCUGCUGUUCUGGCUGUAGGAGGCUUGAUUAUUGGUUGGGUCAUAACCUGGAUGAUCUUCUACUACAGAGAACGAAAGAACAGAAAGAGAAACGAAAGCACAGAAAUGAAUGGAACUAAGUUCUAA